CACGCUACUGAAGAAAGAGGAGACAACCAACUUACUAGUUACAGCAUCAGCGCGCCUCUGGAAAGUCAGCUUGUCAAUUACAGCAGCAAUUCCCCUGAACGAUAACGAAGAGGUAACUUUAGGUGAGAAGCCUGACCACGGAGACCGGGGUGAGAAGGUGAUGAAGCGUACUUCAUGAGCUGUAACCGAAAAACGACUGGCUUUUGGAAAGUUUGAGAGCACCACACGACUUUGAAGAACACACAAGGCAGCCAUUGCUGGGAAAAUGCAGGGCCAGAGAGAGAAGACAUUCAUAUUGAUCCUCGUUGCUGCGCUCUCUCACAGGGUGACUCAGGCAAAGGUAAUGGACAUGGUUCCUAAUGCCGUGGAUGACCAGUACACUCACUGUCGGGAGCAGAUGUUGAAGAAGGUUGUGGAAGGGGGUCUGCUGGAAGAAGAACUGAAAGGCAGUAUAGAGUAUAGUUCUGCCUGGCAGGCAAAGCAGUGUACAAAAUUAAUCCCGGGAGGCGUCAAGCAACACACAGAUGCAUUGGUGGCUUAUGGACAUGGGGGAAAUAUGUUCAGAAAGAUUUUCAACCAAGCAGUGGAGACUCAGGGUGGGAAUGUCAAUCUCUAUAACGGCAACUUCCGGUUCAAAUCCCUCCACUUCCUUCUAAUGGAUGCCAUGAGGCUUUUGAAGACUGAGAACUGCCGAACUGUGUUUCGUGGCUCAAGCAAAGAGUAUGAGGCACAAGUAGGGUCAGAAGUGCGAUUUGGGAGGUUUACCACAACCAAGGCCAAACGUUCCGACGCGGAGGAAGCUGCUUCAGACAGUGGGAUCCUUUUCAACAUUAUUUCCUGCACUGUAGUCAACAUUGAUGAGUACAGUUGUGUCUCAGACAGCAUUGAUCAGCUGAUAUCCCCAGCAGAGGUGUUUAGGGUGGCUGAGGUAAAGAAUGUAAGCAAUGAAGAUCACAAGUACAGAGAGAUCGUUUUGACAAGUUCAAGGACUCACAGCAUUGACAGCAUCCGCGACUGUUACCUCUUCCCCAGAUCUCCUACAAGUGCGAGUCCUCCAUCAAUCAUCCCUAAAGGCUCCUCUACUCAAUGGCUUGGCAGUAGCCUGUCUGUUCUUGUGGUUGUAUCUCUCUCUAUCUCCCUGAUCACCAGGACUGAUCAUCUCUGAUAAACUAAAGUGUUGAAUGCCAAUAGAUGCGGUAAAGAAGUCAAUGGAACGCAGACCGUGGGGGAUGGAUAGGACGCACAUUCAACCAAUCUGAUCUAACAAAAUAGAUAUUUGUCAAAUUAUCAUUUUUUUAUGUAUUGUAACAUGCCUUGAAUGUGCUUACUAAAGUUUGAUUUGGAUCUGUCUGUUUUCACGGCAUAACAUUUAGAAAUAGUCCCUUUCAGGUUUAGUAGAAGUGACUGCUAAAGGCUAAUUCCCAUUCGUAUAGACUGGUAGCAUAGCUAGCAUAGAGAAAUCGAUGGUGGUAGUAAGUCGUUUUUUAACUGUAAUGCUUUUUCUUGGUGAUGAUGACAUCAACAUGUAUUCGGGUUGACAUCCAUACCAGCAUUAUUCUCAGAUUCUUACCUCAACAUAGUGUGAAACACACAAACAAAAGCCUAAAUGUAGGCUAAUUUUGCUUGUGGCCAUUGAGGAGAUUCUGAAUCUUUUCCCCAAGACAUCUUUUCCCCCAUGCGUUUCCAUGGCGUUUCCAUUGUUUUGGUUGAGUUCCAAUGACCUCUUCACUGCAUCUAUUGAAAAGGACAAACACACACACACAGACACACACACUUGCAUGUAUGUAAUAUCAGUGCACACAGACACAUAGAUAUUCAUCAAAUGUGACAAAGCGCCAACCUGUCAAACCCCUCUUAGCAUAAUGAUAUUCUCUUGAAAAAUGUAUUUCUUUGCAUUUUAUUGUUUUUGUAUAAAAAAAAUAUAAUGGUGAAUAGAUAUUAGAAAAUACGUUUUAAACAUUGUGGUAUGCAUUUAGCACAUAUUUUGGUAUCACAACAAUUGACUGUGGGUGGUGUCCAGUUUUCAUAGAUUUAAUUUUCCUCUUGUUUUGUUAUCGAAAAAAAGAAACAAGUUGAGCAUUUUUGAGUGUUGUAUAGGACACCUUUUGCAUCUACGCAUUGAGAUGGGGUGAGAGGGAGUGAUUGAUUUAUUAAAUGUUUAGAUAAUUAAAAGUAGUAAGCUUUUCCAGCGGGAAAUGACUUUACUAAGAUUGGGGUGAUAAGCAUGUACAUUGAAUUAAUGAUGUAAGGCUCAUAACCUGACAGUCCAGACAAACAGUAUGUAUGACCUCGUAAUAUUUAGGUUGUGUAAUAUGUCUGAGGGGAAAUGACUGUCAUACCUAUGAGGGAUGUGGACAGAGUGCCUAGCCCAAAGUUCUCUGUAUCGAGCACAGGAAAAAACUCUCAAACAAGGAAAUGAAAUAGGCUAGUGGCAACUUAAUUAAGAAACAAUACUAAUGUGUCAUGCAAUCAAGGUAUGCACUUCAGGAAAUAUACUGCUAAAGUAUCUGGUCACAAAUUAACAAUAUAUUUGCAGUGUGUAUAAUCAUACUGUCACGUCUGCUCCCGCUCUUACCUUCCCCUGGCGCUUGAGGGCGCCAGAUUACCCUGCAUCACACGCUCCUGCCAUCCAUCACCCACACCUGCCUUCCCUCGUCACUUGCGUCAGCAUUAUUGGACUCACCUGGACUCACUUAUGUCCUGUUAACUUCCUCCCCUAUUAUUGUCAGUUCCCUAGCUCUGUUGCUUCAUUGUAUUGUUUUUGUCCUUGUAUUUGUUUCUGACGCUGUUCCUGUCUCGUCUCUGUCCGUUAUAAUUAAAUGUUUUGCUCCCCGUA